CAGGUUCUUUUUAAAACUGUCGGUAAGAUUACAUUGUUACAUGUGUACAUACGUUAUCUGUAGUGUCACGCACACGUUCUGCUCUUCAUAUCCUCCACAACGUGUGCAUGACUCUGGAGCUGCUAAAAUAGAUUUAUAACGAAACUAACAUUUUGAUUACAAUUAGUAAGUUGAAUUGGUUUACUGCAUUAAAUAUAUUCAAGACUGAAAAUCAAUAUUACACAAUAUUCUAAUCUAACCAACAGUUCGUAAAAAAGAACCAGUCCUAUCGAGAUAACAAUUUAUCUAACCUUCGUCACUUAUAUAAGCUGCGUACUUACAAACACCGUUGCUAAACCUGACUACAACUCUUAAGUGUAAAUACACAGUGUCUGAGGUGCUUGAAACAAUGACAUCAAAAAUGUUUUUGACACUUCCAAGCGGACAAAAAAUGCCGAUUCUUGGUUUGGGAACGGCCCAAGCAAAAACCGAUGCUGAGAUUGAGACAGCCAUUAAUACAGCACUAGAAUUAGGAUACCGUCACAUAGAUACAGCGUGGGCCUAUGAAAACGAACGACCUAUUGGCAACGUCUUGAAACAGUGGUUAACGUCUGGGAAACUCAAACGAGAAGAUUUGUUUAUAACCACAAAACUGCCACUGGUGGCAGUUCAUCCGGAUCGAGUAGAUGCGUUCAUGAAAAAGUCUUUGGAAAAUCUACAACUAGAUUACGUGGAUUUAUACUUGAUUCAUUUGCCAGUUGGUUGCAAAUAUAAGGAAGGUAAUGUGGGGCCGUAUUUUGACGAUAAAGGCGAGGUUGUAACUGAAGGAAAAACAGAUCAUGCAGCUUUGUGGAAGAAAAUGGAAGAACAAGUAGAAGCAGGGCACACUAAAAACAUUGGUCUUUCGAAUUAUAACAUCGCACAAAUUUCGACGGUGCUGAAGACGGCAAAAAUAAAACCCGCGAAUUUACAAAUAGAAAUGCAUAUGUAUCUACAGCAAAAAGAACUUGUAGAUUUCUGUCAUGAGAAUGGAAUAACGGUCGUUGCAUACUGUCCUAUCGCACAUCCAGGAUUGGCACAAACUCUAGAACGAAUGGGAAUAAAAUAUUCUCACCAGUUGCCUACUCUUUUCGACGAUCCUGUGGUUACCAAAAUUGCUGAAAAGCAUAAAAAGACGUCAGCACAAGUUGCUUUGAGAUUUCUUGUACAGAUAGGCGUUUCUGCAAUUCCGAAAAGCGUCACACCAAAAAGAAUAGAAGAGAAUAUAAAUGUUUUUGAUUUUGGUUUAGAUGAAGAUGAUAUGAAAUCUUUAUAUGCUUUAGAAAGAGGAGAGGAGGGUCGAUUGCUUCAUUUUAAAAUAUUUAUGCCUGGCCUUGGAAAACACCCAGACUAUCCUUUCAAAUAACGUACAAACAUUGUAUAUGGUUAUGUGUGUUUGAAUUAAAAAUAAAUCUUAACAUUGUUCAAAUAAUGACGACUUAUUCCUAACUUUCUACAUAUUUAUUGUUGUAGUAACUGCUUAAAUAAAAAAUUAGAUGAG